ACUUUUUUAAAUCACAGGUACGAGUCUGGGCACGAGGUGUUCCUCAAACAAGUACUCUAUUUUGAGAUCAGUUGCACCCGGACACCCUAUAGACACUACAUAGGAAGUGGGAAUGAGUGUUGACCGUUUUCACAUGACGUCAUAGCCGCCAUACGUACCCAACGUAAAGUAAUGCUAGUGAAGUUCUUUUGGUUUAGAACCAGUGAUUUGGAACGCCUAUGGUCUGUCCCCCUUUUUCGAUUAUCAAAUUGACUUUGGGUAAUUCAUCGUGCAUAUGCAAUACAUUCCUCGCCAUACGUCAACAAAACAAAAGAUAAGGAGAACAUGCCAUUGUUCUAAAACAAUAACUUAUUGUAAUUCUUUGUAAUAAAUACAUCAACCUGGUUAGUGACUACUGUGACGUCAAUUGAAAUGCUCUAUAGUGGAAUAUGUAAAUGUCUGUAUAUAAAGCAGCAGGUUUCAUGUUCACAGCCUCACAUUGCUGAUAUCGGACAAGGACAUCUGCAGGCGACGGUGAACCAAUCAAACUCCACGUUUUCUAACUGCUAUAUUACGAGGAGUUUGAAUCUUUCUUCUCUCCUAGUCACAGCGUAUCCGUGAAUAUAGUACGUUUUAUACGCCAUCAUAAUCUCCACGACGCGACAUGAAUUCAAGCGAACCCAACAACGCCAGGAAUGAUUGGCCGUCGGAAGAUCGUAUCGUUGUCGCCAUCAUUAGCUUGCUUGGUACUUUCUCAAAUUCUGUGACAUUGUUUGUAUUAAUCAAUCAAUUUACAGAAGUCUUCAACCGAGUAGAAGCUUGUCUUAUCGCAAAUCUUUGUGUGGCAGAUCUCUUAACGAAUAUAUCGUCUUUCGUUUGGGUUUUUCUAACCUUUCCUAAGCAUCCUAAGAACUUAAUAAUAGCAGUACAUUGUAUAAUAUGGGGGACGGUGUCUGUGUCUUUUCUGACGCUUUCGUUAAUGGCUUUCGAGAGGUAUUUGGUUGUCGUUCAUCCAGCUAAAGCGCAGAAAAUGUUAACUAAACUAGGGGCACGCGCGUCUUGCGUUAUUGUCUGGCUUAUAUCCGCAUUAUGUAGCUCAAUGAAACUUGUUGACAACUUUAUCGCACAAUUUGUAAUGGUUGUCAUGUUCGAAUUGAGUCUUUUAUUAACAUUUACUUGUUAUGCGAGGAUAUAUAUCGCCGUGAGGAAGAUAAUGAUUUCAGAUCAAUUUCUUACUGCCACACACUACACCAGUGGAAAUGCUCAAGUUAACAUGGAAAGGAGACAAGACAAAGCAAUGAAACUUCUCAAGGUUAACGUACAACACGAGGCUCGAGUAACAAGGGUCAUAUUCACGUUGAUCGUAAUUCUCGUUCUAACUGUAUUACCAUACAUGCUGUUGAUGCAGAUCACCUUGGCACGGGAAUUGAUUUGCACCCGGUGCGGUUUGACUAAAGCGGCAAAGAAAGCCUUUAAAACAUUAUUUCCAAUUGAAAUGCUGAAUUUUGCCCUAAAUCCGUUCAUCUAUGCGUGGCAACUGCCCAAGUUUCGUCAAAUGUGCAUGAAAACUUUUUCUCGUCUCCUAUGCUGUGGUAAUAUCUUCAAGUCGACACCAGCCGAAGUCACGACGAUAGAAGGAGUUUCUCACUCAAGUUCCUUUGAAGGAUUAACUUCUCCAAUCAUAUACACUGGCACUCCAUAAUUCAAUGCGUAUUUGAUGACCGACCAGAUUCUUCAAUCAAAUCUGCAAGUCUAGAUGAUAACAUGAAUCAACAGUUGAUAACUUUAUUUUUUUGCCUUUAGUUGACUAAUUAUUGGACAUAAACUUGACAAUUUUUGAGCUAUUAAGAUGUUAAAUAUCAAAAUAGUAAUAUUUACAAUUUAAUUUCCCAUUUACUUCUCUUGUAAGAUUAGCCUGCAUUAUAUAUUCCUCUUAUGAUUUCCAUUGGAUUCAUAUGAUGUAAUAUCUCACUAAAUUUAUGUUCAUUUUCAAAAUUAAAGUUUGGUUCAUCUCUUAUUUUAAA